AAUAUUAACAAAAUAAACUAUAAUGUGAGGGUAUUGAAUAGUUUAGUUGAAUAAUGCAAACGGACUGCUAAAGGUGUUCUAACUGUAACUCUCUCUACCUUGGAGGGGAAAGACAUUAGAUAUAGAUUGAGUAAGAUGGCGCUGUCCCAUCAGUAUUAUUUUAAUGUUCGUCGAGAUGAGUGUGUGCGAUACUCCCAGUAAGAAUUCAAAAAUGGACAAGAAGUCCCUGACGCCUUUCAAGAAAGUGCGCCGUAAAAAUUGGCAGCAGGAAACGGCGGCCUACAAAAAUGCAAAGACCAAGGGUCAGGUGCUCUGCCACAGCAGCGGUGACAGGUUUAUACCUAAGCGAUUCCAGCAGGAUGGCAUUGACCACAAUCUAAAGUUUAUUGGCCAACGCGAAGAACGGGAUAUUCUGGAAACGGGCGUUCUGUGGACGGCCAGCUAUUGGCGGCAGAGUGGCUUCAUCUCAGCCAUCAAUAGCACUUUCGGCAUUCAGGAGCGCCGCCUGUUGCAGUUCAGCAGUUUGCAGGGCACAUCACCAGAAGCUGUGUCUAGUGGAUCUGCAGACUUUGAUUGGCCAUGCAAUCCGAGACCACGCCCGAUUGCCAUUCAGAAUGCCACCCAUGAGAUGCCAGGCAUUGUCAGUCCCGUUGACUACAAUAUGAUGGACUGGUCGCCCAAAGACAUGGUGGCCGUCUCAACCGGUCAGGACAUCAUGCUAUGGCACAACCUUGACGAGACCACCAUGAUAUUCAGUGUGGACUCACCGACUGCGCUGAGGUACUCGCCGAAUGGCAAGUACCUUUCCAUUGGCUGCUUCGAUGGAAACUAUCCAGUCCUGGACCUCUGGGAGGUCAAGACAAGCAUGGAAUUCGAGGUCUCCUAUCGCAAGUUCUUCCUCAAGUCGAUUGGAUGCAUAACCUGCAUCGAAUGGUCACCCGACGGCGAACAGAUUCUUUGUGGCACCAUGAGCGGGGGAAUCAUGGUGCUUGCCCUGCCCAAGCUUAGAUCACAGCUGAUUCGCGAGCAUCGCCGGAAGGUCACCAGCAUUAAGUUCAGCCCGACUCAAAAGUAUUUUGCAUCUAGCGACACGAGCGGCACCAUUUACAUAUUUGAUGGGGCUCUAAAGAAGCGCCUUCUGCGGCUGCGUGGCAGAUCUGUUGUCUUUGACUGGCAUCCCUGGACAGGCGAGGAUAUGGUCGUGGCGGAACGUCGUCCGGCCUCCAUAUUCAUCCUAAACAUCCCACGCCGACAGUUUGUUGCCUCGUACAAGCGCAGGGAUGACAGGAUCACCAUUAAAACGGUUACCUUUAGCAAGAUAACGGGCGAGUUGCUGGUCAACGUCCUUAGGCGAGUAUCACCAGAUGACAUGGAUUGUGUGACGUGUGAGAUCUUGGUAUUGGCGUCCUUAAAUCGAUUGGUCGACCUGAUGUGCAACUCUGAACGCGGCACAAUAUUUCUUAUGUGGAAUCCGGAUGGGACGAACAUCGCUACGGUCGGACUGGACGACACCUUCUCGGUGUGGAGCUUUAUUCCCACACACAAGCAAAAAGCUAUUCUUCGGAAGAAGGAGCAACAGGGAGCCAAGGAAAAGAGCAGCUUGCUGAGCCUAUUUAAAGGGAUGCGGUGAUUCAUCUGGCUGGUUCCUCCAUUAUUUUAAAUGCGUUUUUCUUUCUUAAGUUAUCAUUCGUAUGUUUGUUUAUUUCCAACCAAUUGUAUGUUUGUAUGUUUCACUGAUUAUUCAAAUUCAAGUAUAUUGCUUCCAUAAAAAUUCAAAUUGGAUAUAUAACCUGGA